AAUGGUAGGACGCUCUCAGUGGUCGUUACACUCGAGAAUCUUCGGAUAAGUUCGGAGAUUUGACUGACGUUGCCGGACAAGGAAUUUUAUUUGCCGAAUAAACGCCUAUUCGCGUUCGAAUUGUAAAGUUGCACUCUGGCACGCACAGGCAUACCGACACUCGGACGGUAACUGUGGCGAGUGAACAGUUGCGCAUGCGCACAAUAAUAAUACACGUGAUGCGCGUCUGGAGGUUAUGUAUCACAUCGGGAGUGCGGAAGCUGUGAGAUUAUAAGCGGCCCGUUUUAUCAGGAUAACUUAUCAGGCGAGUCUUAAAAGUGCACGCGCGGCUAUGCAAAUAGAUAUUUUAUUGUUUUUCUUGUGAAUGUGUUCCGCGUUACUCGACGAGUCCCUGCAGCACUUCUCACCGGGGGCAGUCGUGAACAUACUGGAGCUAUUACCAUGCACCACGCAAAAGGGCCCUAAAGUUCACGCUGUGAAGACUUGAUAAGCCUAUUUGUAUUAUCACGUAGUUCGAGCCAGUCGACGAUUUAUACUUGGAUGAGACGCUUGUAAAGAAAGUCUUGGGCUACCGGUGUUACAUCUAAAACCAGUUUACUUAGGAGGGAUGAAUGAGUGACGUCGCGGCGGAGACGGUGAUCCGGUGAACGUGAGGAAUAAAGUAGACGACGGGCAGUACGAAAAACCGAAACUGUCAAGCCGUGGCUGAUUGCGACUGCAAAGGUAUCCGACAUGUUACAUCCAAUACUACGAAGAAGAUGCACAUUCUGAAUGCGCAUCGUCCAUGUAACUACCUACUGGCCUCUGACGUAUAAAAAGAGAGAGCAGCCGCAUUGACUCUUGCAGUUUUCAACCAAGGAUUUAUAAGGAUGGUGCGUUUCGUGGUCACUGCACUCGUUAUUCUGGCAGGAAGCGCCGUGCAUCCCCAGGAUAUUCGAAAUGGGAUCGUUUUGCAUCGCACAGCAACGCCAUCUGGAUCACGUCCGGAAUCCAGAGAAGCAGCUAUCAGCAAGACACUACGUGAGAUUUCCGAUGGGCAUUUUGAAUCCAACGAUAGCAACCUGAUUGCUCGUAUCAAAGAGAGUAUCGUAGCUGCUGCUAGAAGCGUUCCUGAUCCUGCGGCAUCACUUGAAGCUGGUGCCAAUCGUGCUCAGGACUUCGUCUCAAGUCUGACGAGCGCUUACACAACGGCCAUUUUGAGAGCUACUUCCGCACCGGAAGCCCAACGAACCUUGGCAAGAUUUCAGGAUUCCGUUCAGCAGAUCGUUGACUUUGCCAAAAGUGGUAAAUUCCUAACUGGUCUUGCUUAAGUCGACGUUUUGAUAAUCCUCUUAGUUAAUUAUCUAUACGAUUAAUAAGCUCAGUCGGACCAACUGAAGUUAGCCUGUUAGUUUGGUUUCUGUUCCAAAGCCAACUUUGGUUGGUCAAUUUAAGUCGAGUAGCUUUGUAUAUACGUAUGUAUGCAUGUUGAUGGCGAUGGUAAAAAACAAUAGUAUGAACAAAAAAUGGGACAAUUGGACAUCAAACUUUCGUCAUCCGAUUUCUAGAAAUGUGGCGACGAUGAUGGCUACUCUUCUUUUUUGUUCUUUUUCGUUUGCGAAGCGAACGCAGAGAGAGGAUUAUUUUCGCUGGCAUGAUUCAGACAGCGCACGACCUAUUGUGUGUAUAUAUGUUUGUGUGUACGUAUUGUGCACGUGUAAUGGCAUGGGUUCAUAAUCUGGCGAUGGAGGAUCUCCGACCCGCGCUGGCCGGAACUGCGCCUAUGCUCGCGGCGGAAGUGCCGCUGCCACAUGUAGUAAUAUAAAUUAUAAUGCCCUUACGGGGGUUUUUCUUCUUUUUUUUUUAUUCUUAUAAAUUUGCAUUUAAAACACCGUAAUGGUAUUGUUGCUUCGAAAUUGCCAAACUCGCUUUUGAUGCUAAUAGAGCAUUCAACUAUUGAACGAGUCUGGUAGAUAUAAUUUUAGAAUAACUAUUGUAUAAUAACACGAUAAAAAUAGUGAUAAGCGAUAAUGACUAAGUUAUUCAUAAUAUUAAAUUAGUCAGCAAAAGAAAUUUCUUAUUAAUCAAGUACAACGUCGAUAGAGAAAAUUUGAUAGACCAAGAGUCUGAAAUUUCUAAUAAUCAGGAAUUAAUAAAGCAGCAUCUACACAUAUAAGGAUAUAAAUACAUAUGAUUGACGUAAUGAAUGUUCUCUGUGUUUGUAUAUCAUUCCAAGCGGACAUUUAUACUGUGAAUAACAUACUGUGAAUUCACAUACUGUGAAUUAAUUUAACACUAAUCGUACCAUCGACGGGUCAUUUGACCCUUUUAAAGCCAAAAAUACGUUUAUAAAAAAUUGUCGGUAUGUUUAGUGUUAAUCAACAUAGUAUGGAACUAUUAAAGACGAUUUCGUAUGGUGACAGAAAAUAAUUUUUUUGAAAAGUGAUUCAACCGCGACGCAACCAGAGAAAACAACAUGGAACCGAUUGUGUUUUGUUGUUCAAAGAUGGUAAUAAACAUCGCGCGCCAUAGCUACCGUACCAGCUAGAGUAGCCACAACGACAACGAGAAACAAUGCUGCAUUGUUCCAACAAGCACAAGUUGUACAAACCAGACAGAAGUAUCAAACCCAACAGAAAAAUGAAUGAACGAGAGAAUGAAAACUUAAAAUAUUCCGGGAAAUGUUCCUCGAAUCUAAAUGAUUAAAGUAUAUCAGAUAUUAAAAAAAAAUUGGUAUAAUAGCAUUUAUAAUAUUUAUUGUAAGUAAAUAUAAUUUUCACUGCAUAUAAUAAUUAGACCUGGCAAUCUUAUUGUUGCGUUUUAUUGCAAAGGAUCUUUAUGAAUUAUAUCACCUUUGGGUAGAAAAAUCCUGUGAAAGCAAUAUGCGCAUGC